UAUUACCCCCAAAACAAAAAGAAAGAGACGUGUCACGUGUGUGCACGAGGACGGUGCAUGGUUGGUUCAAACUUUCAAACCCUAUUUUCUAAAAGGUUGGAUUUCUCUUUUUGAGGAGUGGGAAGGAAGUCUAUAUAAGCACCACUUUAAUGUAACUUUGAAGAGAAGAAAACAAAGAGAGCCCAGAAUAACAAUCGGCAUGGAAUCUCAGUUUUCAUUACUAAUUAGUUAAGGGUAGGGGAGACAUGAUUAUAACCUUCCUUUCAACUGGUCUCUGCAUCUUUCUACUAGUUGUUCUUUUUAGGUUAUUGCACGAAGUAUGGUGGACCCCAGUUCGAAUUCAACACAUCAUGGCAUCGCAGGGAGUCAAAGGCCCUUCUUACAGAUUCCUCCAUGGGAAUACAAAGGAGAUCAUCCAUAUGAAAGAAGAAUCCAUCAGCAGUGCAAUGGACUUCUCAUCUCAUGAUGUUUUCCCAAGAAUUAUGCCUCAUAUUCAUGCAUGGAAGCAAUUAUAUGGGAAAAAUUAUCUAAUUUGGCAUGGACCUCAAGCCCAAUUGGUUGUCACUGAAUUUGAGUUGAUUAAAGAGAUACUCAACAAUAAAGAUGGAACGUAUAUCAAAGCAAAGGUCGACGUGUUCUCAAAGAAGUUACUAGGAGAUGGGAUCGUACUAUCAGAAGGAAAAAGAUGGUCGAAGCUACGCAAAAUAGCCAACCAUGCUUUCUAUGCAGAGAGCUUGAAGGGGAUGAUUCCAGCAAUGAUAGCGAGUGUGGAAACAAUGCUAGAAAAAUGGAGGCAAAAUGAAGAGAAGGAGAUUGACGUAUAUAAAGAGUUUAGGCUUUUGACAGCAGAAGUUAUUUCUCGAACAGCUUUUGGGAGUAGUUACUUGGAAGGCAAGAACAUCUUUGACACGUUAACGAAAUUGGGAAUGAUUGCAGCAAGGAAUAGUUUUAGGAUUCGCCUGCCUGGCAUUGAGAAGUUUUUCAAAUCGCGUGAUGAUCUUGAGUCUGAUAAAAUAGAACAAGCAAUUCGAGAAGCCAUUAUAGGGAUGAUCGACAAACGGGAAGAGAAAAUAACGAGAGGAGAAGAAAGCAACUACGGUAGUGAUUUUCUUGGAUCCCUUAUAAAGGCUAAUCAUGAUCCUGAUGAGAAGAAUAGAAUUUCAAUUGAUGAUAUGGCGGAUGAGUGCAAGAACUUCUACCUGGCUGGACAAGAAACAACAAAUGGGGUAUUAGCUUGGAGCAUUUUCCUUCUAGCAAUCCACACAGAUUGGCAAGAGAAGGCCAGGAAGGAGGUGAUUGAACUGUUUGGCCAAGAGAUCCCAAAUCCAGAGGGUAUUGCGAGAUUAAAGACUAUGAGCAUGAUCCUAAAUGAAACUCUGAGGCUGUAUGCACCAUUUACCAAUUUGAUGAGAAGAGUUGAAAGGGAAGUCAGAUUGGGAAACUUGAUUAUUCCAGCCAACACAGAGUUGAACAUUCCACUUCCAGCACUCCACCAUGACCCUGAGAUAUGGGGACAAGAUGUUCACCUCUUCAAGCCAGAGAGAUUCGCAGAAGGAGUGGCUAAAGCAACUAAUAACAACACUACAGGAUUUAUUCCAUUCGGUUUCGGUCCUCGAAUGUGCGUGGGCUUAAACUUUGCAGUCAACGAAGCCAAGAUUGCACUCUCCAUGAUUCUACAGCGCUACAAGUUCACUUUGUCUCCAAAUUAUGUUCACGAUCCAAUCCAGAUUAAUACAGUUCGCCCACAAAAGGGAGUUCAAAUUGUGUUGAGUAAGUUGUAAUUUUGAAUUGUGGCAUUUCCGUUUCGUGUUGAUGAUUGUUGGAACAAGCCAUUGAUGCCUUUCGGGUGAGGAUGUCGUUGUAUUUUUUCUCUUCCCAUAUGAUUGUGUUGAGUACUAAGACUGCAAGUUGUAAGCUCCAAGUGCAUGUGGUUAAUGUGCUACUUGUGCUAUGCUCUUGUUUUCUAUUAUGUGAUUGCUACUGCUAGCUAGUAAGGCAAUUUCUGGGGAAUGCCCCUUUACUCCUAAAAUCGGUUGCUUUAUUGAAACUUAAGUUACCAAAAAUAAACACAUACAAGUACAAGUUAGUAACAGCAA